AUGGAAGGUGGAAUUUCAGCCUCUUUCAACAGGUUUGUUGGAAUUGGACGAAAUUCAAAGAAAACCAGGAGUACGUGUUUGAAUAAAGCAGCCACAGGGGUGUCAGCUGAGCUGAGAGACUAUAAAAGGACAUUUAGCAGCAGCUGUGGAACCAUUCGUUCCAGUAGAGAGUCCAUCAUGAGGUGUCUUGUGUUUCUGCUCUUCGUGGCUGUGGCCAACGCCAGGGUUUACUCACGCUGUGAAUGGGCCCGAGUGCUGAAGAAUUAUGGGAUGGACGGCUACCGCGGCAUAAGCCUGGCUGAGUGGGUUUGUCUGAGCAAGUGGGAGUCAAAUUACAACACCGCAGCCAUCAACCGCAACACCGACGGAUCCACUGACUACGGCAUCUUCCAGAUCAACAGCCGCUGGUGGUGUAACAACGGCCGCGGCCGCACAUCGAACGCAUGCAACAUUAAUUGUAGCGAGCUUCUGACCGACAAUGUCGGAGUGGCAAUCAAUUGUGCCAAGCGUGUCGUUAGGGAUCCCAAUGGCAUCGGAGCCUGGGUGGCCUGGCGCAAUCACUGCAAGAACCGCAACCUGAGCUCCUACGUGGCAGGAUGUGGCCUUUAAUCAACUAAUGGAACCAGAAUAUUCUCCCAUCUUCAGCUGCAUAGGAUGGAAUAAUUUCUAUUGGUAUGUUUGAUCCGACAGGAGUAAAUCACAGUUACUGAAGCUACGGAAGUCUCUUUUAAAACAAGACAAUUCAAAACUUUACUUAAAUGUAUUAAGUUCCUACUUAUACAUGAUGUAACUACUAUCUAAUCAGUGAAAACAAGUGUUUUGAGUUGAAUUAUGUUAUCAAAAGCAACUAAUGAAACAAU